AUGAUACGCGAUUUGCCCCCAAAUUGUCUGCUCGAGCCCUCCCUCGGCGCUCAUCAUUACAUUCAACUUAAAGAUAUAAAACUUCAUUACGUAUCGAAAGGCAACGAAAACAAUCAGACAAUGCUUUUCAUACACAGAUUCCCUGAGUUCUGGUACUCGUGGAGACAUCAGAUCCAAGAGUUCGCCAAAGACUAUCACGUGAUAGCAGUGGACACCCGAGGGUACGGCGAUUCUGGCCAACCGACCGGAUUUCUUAACUACAAA